UUCCCAGGAACCUCCAUGCACGCGCACAAAGCUGCCAAGUCAGCUUGUCCGAGCAGCCCAGUCCGUUUUGGCAACCCAGGGCAAAACGUACGUGGACUGUCUUGCCCGGCGUCAAAACGACGCUUUAAUUUGGGAAUCGCCCGCUGACACCGAAGACCGUUCGUCUCGUGAGGGUCUCGGAGACGUCGCGUACGAAUGCAGCAUCGACUGAACCGGAGGCGGAGUCGACUUCGUCUCCGUCGCGCAGUCGCCAUCGCCCCACUGAUAUAAGGCGACGAUCCCAGCAGAACAAGGCCACCGAGCGAAAGCAACCGAACAGCUCGCCCUCGCUCGCCGCCUCAACAAACUCGAUCGCGCUCAGAUCACGCACGUUCCGGCCGGCGACCCAGCAGAGUGCGGAGUUGCGCGCAGCUUGUGGGCAGAGAUGACGGACCACGCACCGGCGACUACGCAGAAGCGCAAGUGCCCGGAGCAGGAGGAGCCGGCGGCUACCACAUGCCCCAGCGGAUGCGGCUUCUUCGGCGCUGCUGCCACCGGCGGCAUGUGCUCCAAGUGCUACAAGGAGAAGGUCGUCUCCGCCGGCGCCGACAGCAAGGCCGCCGCGAAGACCGUCUUCAUCGCCCCUACGACUUCCACCGCGCCACCGGAGAAGAAGGCCAAGAUGAUCGUCGCCGGGUCGUCUUCUGACGCCGCGGCCGAUUCCGCCGCAGUUGACGCAUCCGUGCCAUCCGUGAAGCAGCAAGCCUCGCCGGCGAACCGGUGCGCGACGUGCCGCAAGAAGGUGGGGCUGCUGGGUUUCCGGUGCCGUUGCGACGGCACCUUCUGCAGCGUGCACCGCUACUCGGACAAGCAUGAGUGCGGGUUCGACUACAAGAGCGCCGGACGGGAGGAGAUCGCCAAGCACAAUCCCAUGGUGGUCGCCGACAAGAUAGCCCGAAGGAUCUGAAGCUUAGAUAGUGCCUGUAGUUGAUCACUAGAACGAUAGAGAAUUGGUCAUAGUCCUUAUGAUUGAGACAUUCUUUGUAAUUUUCCUUUCGUUCAACUUACUUUACCAAAAAAAAAUCCUUGAUUGAAUUUUUA